UAAGUACGAAAAGAAAAAUAUAAAAGACGACGCGCACACAAGCAUUGACAACUCUAGGGUUGUGGGAAUCCCCGGUAUCUCGCAUGGCUGUUUUAUGGUAUAUAGUACUUUUCCAUUAGUGCAAUCCGAGCAGUUGAUUAAGUUACACGCCUUUCUUUCGGAAUCAAUAUUUUUCUCUGUUUAAUUGAGAGUUAAUUUUAUCCUAUCAAUUUCAAUUUGGCAUCAUGAAGUGCAUUAAUUUCGCUGUGGUAUUUCUGAUUUUUUUCACCACAGGGGAAGGAAGAAUCGAAAUGGAUAUAUAUAAAACAAAGCUGUCCCACGUAGGAAAGUUGAAGAAAUACAAAGCUUCUCUGAACGAUCCUUGGAAAAAUGACUCCGUAGUGCUGUACAAAUAUUUAAACGGCGAGUACUACGGCCUCAUAGGUGUUGGUUCACCAUCGAAGCCAUUCAAAGUGAUCUUCGACACGACAUGGGCCGACAGUUGGCUACCGUCCUCCCACUGCGACUGGACGGAAAUAGUUUGCAAACUGCACAAUCAGUACGACAGCUCGGCCUCGUCGUCGUACGUACCGAACGGCACGUUCGUCAAAAUGAACAACUCGGAACUCUCUUUGGCGGGAAUCUUAUCAACCGACGUUUUUCGCUUGGCACACGUCAAAGUUCAAAACCAAACGUUCCUGGAAGCCACGCACAUAUCGUUCCGGCCGUUCUGGCAGUACAGGGCUGACGGUAUCAUUGGCUUGGCAUACCAGGAACAAUCGGGCUGGUCCGGCGUGAUGCCCUUUUUUUACAACCUGGUCCGACAAAAAGUCGUUACCGAGAACGUUUUUACGUUUUACAUGAACCGGGAUGAAACUACCAAUAAAGCCGGUAGGGUGAUAUUUGGGGGUACGCAAAGGCAAAACAUAAAAGUCGAUACCAUGACGAAUCUUACGGUCAUCGAAAAGAAAUUCUGGAUGAUCAUGAUGGACAGUGUGUUUGCCGAAAAAAAUAAAACCCAAACGGUGCUUUGCGAAAAAUGCAAGGCAAUAUUUGACUCGAGCUCGAACACCAUAGUGGGACCCCCCGACGUUAUUCAAAAAUUGAACUGGCAGAUGAACGCUAACUUCAUCCCUGUUUUGAACAUGUACACGGUGAGUUGCCGACAGUACGCUAAAUUGCCAACGGUACAUUUCGUGCUCGACGGCAACGAGUUCAUCAUCCAGUCGAAAUAUUAUGUGCAGCAUCUUAUAUUGGAGAACGUCGAGGUGUGCUUGAGCCCAUUCGUGCCAAGCACAAAUCCCCGUCAAGAUUAUUGGGAACUCGGUGGUGCUUUCAUGAUGGAAUUCUACACCGAAUUCGAUAUGGACGCAAACGUCGUCAGAAUUGCUCAGACCAUUUUUUAAACAACCAAACG